AUGGGACUCGCCUGCGCGAGGAAUUUCACAACCUGCCCCGACUCUAUUGUCGUCUCGAAGGGGCCCGGGAACUGUCUAUCGAAAGAGCUGAUGAAAUACUGGUGGCAACAACAACAGACAAGAUCGUUUCGCAACGACUCCGUCUUGAUGGGCAAGAAGAAGAAGAAGAGGCCGCCCCGUUCGGCUCCGCCAUCGGACAGUUGCAAGACUACACCGAAAUGUAAAGGCGAAAGGAGUCCUCAGAGAGGACCUUGUAAACAACCGUACCAACGAACCAAGCCUUGCCUACCACCGGAGAAGUGCGUACAGCCGGCACCACCGUGCUGUCGCAAACGACCCAAGAAUCCCAAGUGUCCUCAGCCCCAGACACCGUGUCCGCCGCCCUGUCCAUGUCCCUGCCCCGAGCCGCCGAAGAAACCUCCACCGCCGAAAAUAUGCUACCGAAAGUGUCCCCCGCCGCCGAAACUACCCAGGCUUCCAAAAUGCCCGACGAUACCUCCGCCCCCACCACCUCCGCCGCUACCCAAGCUGCCCAGGCCGCCCAGGUGUCCAGCGCCUUGCCCACCACCUCCUGCACCGCCUUUGCCAAGAUGCCCAAGAGCUCCGAAAUGUCCCGAGUGCCCGCCGCAACGGGAAUGUCCGCCACCGCCACCUUGCGAACCCUGUCCUUGCCCGCCACCCUGUCCUCCACCUAGCUGCCCACCACCGCCACCGUGUCCACCUUGUACACCGCCAAAACCGUGCCCAAAGCCAUUACCCUGUCCGCCACCACCCUGCAAGAUUUGUCCUCCGUGUCCACCUUGCCCGGAGUGUCCUCCGCCGCCACCUUGCCCACCACCGCCACCCUGCUGCCCUUGUCCUUGUCCCAAACCACCCCCGCCUUGUCCAUGCCCGAAACCCUGUCCACCUUGCAAGAAGAAGCCCAAGCGACCGCGCUGUCCCGAGGGUCUUCCAUCUUGCCCGAGGGAUUGCGGCAAAAAGAGAGGUAAAAACGACAAGGUGAAGAAGAGGAAGAUGUCCACGUAUCUCGCCCCGUCGAGAUUCGAUCCGCAAAAGAUCCAUACGAAAGAGUUUCAUAUUUUCUCGACACUACUGGGCAAGAAGAAGUCCGGAAAAUCAAAAACGUGUAAAGACAUAAAGGAUAUUUGCGUAAAGGAAUCGCAGAAGGGUUGCCUAAAGACCUGCGACAAGAAGCCCAACGCUUCUGUGGAAGAAUGCUACGCGAAACCGAACAAAUGCGAUGGGAGGAAACUCAAGAAAACAAUGCAGAAAGGAAAGAAGAAGAAGAAGGACUGUUUCGAUUCAUGCAUUCCUCCAGGUAAAUGCGACGUGCCGAAGGUACCAAAACCGCCAAAGAUGGUCUACGGACCGUCCGUGUGUCCUCCACCGAAGUUCGCCGUACCCAAACCUUGCCCGGACAUGCCGGAACAGAUGGUGGAACCGUGCGUGGAAAUUCGACCAGUGAGGAAGAAAGAAAUCUGUAUGCCACCGCCUAUGCCAAAGCCACCCACAGAUCCUGUCGUUCUAUGUCCUUGUCCACCACCGCUGAAGCUGCAUCCUGGUGACUGUCCCUGCUACGAUAUGAAAGAAGACAAAAAGACCAAACCUACGUUACCGCCGUGCAAACCGAAGGAACCAUAUAUCUGUCCCAGGGAGCCGCACUACUGUCCACCCGAGAGUCUAAUUUGUAAGAGGCCGAAACCUUGCGACGACAAAAUAGAAAAAAGAAAACUGAAGAAGAAACGGGAAAAGGUGGUGUCGCCGCUAUUCACCGAAAGAAGUAAAUAA